AUGCCGGGUGUUCCAGCACGCAGUGGUGGCCGUGCUCCCAGAGGCUGUGGCGGGUGUGGCCCUGACCCAUCGCGCGCAAACGGAGUCCGAUUGCCACCUGCAAACGGACUCGGAGGAACUCCCCUAACACCUUUUUCUGGAACCAGCCAGAACCCAAGGCCAUCGAACCCAGCAGGAGGAUCAAGUUCAAUUCGCAACAAUACAGGUCGACCUGUCAUUUCCGCUACCCUGAGACCUGCGCCACCACCAGUCAACCCGGCAUGGACAUCUUCGGCGCCGUUUCUUACGAGUGCCACUGCUAUCAACACGGGAGCCAUCCAAUCGAACACUUCUGAAACAUAUACUUUCCGUCGGGUUGCAUCAUCCGCCUCGGGAUUCGCCGUCGCUCCUUCUAGACAUCCUGCAUCAGCAUUGGGCAAUAGACUCCCCAUCGACACCUCCGGCAACAUGAACCCCCCGGGAGGUGGCUCAAACGCCAGUGACGGUGGGGGACCUAACCCCGGCAUCGACUGCUUUUGGGGGGAAAACUUUACCCCCUGGUAUGGUGACAACAACCAACGAGCUGGCCAAGGCAUGCCCAAAGUCGGCGUCGACAUCGUAGCAGAGUCAGUGACAAACCCUGGUUCCGUUCGCGGUUCCCAAGGACCAGUUGCGGCGGGGCCAGGCGUCGUUGGAGAUGGCGUCGGAACGAGGAGCAUUAGGGGCUCAGAGGUGUCGAUCCACCCAGAAAAUCCUGACCCCACCCCGAUCACCUGCUAUGCGCCUUCGACGCUUAGUCGGGUGGUUUUAAACACCUCCCGGGACCGCCUUGCCAACAUCCAGGCACACUGGAACAUCGGUCGACUACAGUACGUGGCGCCGAGCUCGCGGAACUUCUACACAGUCACGGAUGUUCACGCACAGUUGGUGAAGGCCGUGGCUCUCUGCAACGACCUUCGCGAGGAGAAUGCGCGUCUCGGGGGUGAAUGGAGUCGAGCAACCAAUCACAUCCGGCGGCGCGCAGAGGGCUUCAUGCAGGCCGUUGCGGGGUGGCUGGAGGUCAUUGACCGACGGGAGAAGAAGGAGGAGGCGCGGAAGCAAGUGUUGAAAGAGGCGGCAAAGGAAAAGAAGAUCCGGUUGAUGAACAGAGUCGCUACUCAUGAGCGGUGUGUCACAAACUCUCAAGGUCAACAAGCGGGGCCAUUCGCCGCGGGCGGUGUGAGCGGCCCGGUCGGCGACGUACAGAACGAUAGCGGUCCGUCGAGAACCCAGGACGCGAACUCGCAUGCUACUGCGGCCGGUACUAACAACCUUGAGGAAGACGGGCUGAAGGAGUCCGCAAGGGACCUGCGAUUCCAAAUGGAUACUCUUCGACCGUACUGGGAGGCACUCAACACGGAGAAUAACCAACUGCGACUAGAGGCUAGCCAGGCAAAGUUUCCCCUUCCCGCACCGAAGACACCGAAGGCACCGACAGCACCCGUCGUCGAACGCCAGCCUCUGGACCUGCUUACCGAUGCCCCCGAGGACGCACAGAUCAACCCGGACACUUCCAUCGCCUCCAGCCCGAAGAAGCUCACCAGGUACACACUGCGAAUGAUCGAGCGAGAGGGACGGGUCGAUAUGAUCGCGAGAGAGCUCCAGUCUCAGGCCGGUCGGUCGCUGCCGGAGGAUGCCGACGAAGCGCCAUCACCCACAAGGAAUCGUGCCGCCCCUGCAGACGAAUGCGAGCCGCGUUCGAUCGACAUGAUUGCGAGAGAGAUCCAUAAUCAGGGCAGACUGCGGGAGGUCCCCGGCGGAGUGCGAUCGCCCGCGAGGAAUCGUGCUUUCGAGGCGGACGAAGCAGCGGCGCUGUUGAUCGAUAUUUCGGUGGAAUCGGAAGCGGGAGGUGGGUACUGGGGCUGAAACGGGGGGAUGGGAUGGACGAAGGAGUGUGAACGAAUACAGGGCAUGUUCUAGAGACGUUGUUCCCGGCGGUCCGUCAGAAGGUGAACUUGAGAAAAACUGUGGAAGAACCCGGAAUCAAUCAAGCUCCCUAUCCGUGUCAUUCUGACAUGGAAUUCCGAAUCCAACGCUGGGAGA